UGUACCAGAGUCGGAGCAAAAAAUGCCAACAGAAAAAUAAUGAAAAAGACAUUUUCGCGCUGAUUUCAGUUAUCAACAAAACGAGCAACAGCAAACAAGUCGCCCAGCUAGUAGUCAUUCGAAUAUACCGAAGAAGACACAAUCGUUCAGCGUCGCAUAACGCGUAUCUAAGAGUUGUCGUAUUUUUCGGAUUACAACGACAUAUGGAGAUUUAAAAGCCAGAUAAAUGAUUUCGUAGAAAACGGUGUAAACCCAUUUUGGAAUUUCGCUAAAAAGUAGUUUGUAGUGAACACAUAAGCAAACAAAGAAAUAAGCGGGAAUUAUUAAAAAAACAAGACGACGCGUAAAUUGAAAAUUAUUGCAAUUUGAGUGUGGAAAAUAUAAGAAAAAAAUAUUGAAAAAAAUACAUACAUAUAUCGAAAAAUUGGAAUUUUCUUUUGAGAAAAUUCGUUUCUAAUAAAAUCUAGAAAAAAAAAUAUUGAAAAUUGUGUCGACAACAUAUUGAGAAAUUUUAGUGUCUUCUUUGUUUUUUUGAAACACAAAAUUCUGGAAUAAAAAAAAUUCACCCAGUGCCUGUCCCUAAAAAAUAAUUUUGUAAAAUUAAGUGUCGAAAAAGAAAUUGGUCUUCUGCAUUGGUGAAAAUUACAAAUUUAAAACUAAAUUCUAAAACUUAGAAUUUGUGUUGUUGUUGUUAUUGUGUUGUUUUGUUUUGUCUGCCGUCCUAAAUGAAAGACAAUCAAAAAGGCUUUCUUGGCAGUUUCCUAUCCAAGGGCUUGAAAACCAAUCAACUAGAAGUGAAUACCGAUGAGAAAACCUUGCGACCGAUAGCUCGCCUCAAGGAGCCGCGUGAUCUGUUCGCCCUGCCCAAAGACAAGGACAAUGACUGUUCACAACAGGCCCCCCGAUGGCCGAUUGAAUGUCAGGUCAUUGAAGAACGUAUCGUACACAUUCCGACAGUGCCCGCCCAGCCAGAGCCAUUCUAUCAGCCAACGGGUAAAGAAUUGAAACCGAAUCCAGUGGGUGAGGAGAAUGGCAUUGUUGUAUUCAAUUACAAUCCCAUAAGUGCGGUAAAUUAUGAUAAAUCUGCCCGUUCCUCCUCGAAUAAAAAUCACAAUGACGACGAUUCAAGCGAUUCGGAUGUGUCCUCGUGUGAAUCGCAGGGAUCAACUCCCGAUCUCAAAACCCCCAAGAGGUUAGAUAAAAAUACCCAUUUGAUAACCAAACUGCUGACUACCCUGGAACAAAGGUCGUCGAGUAAUUCCAAUGAGGAAGAAGAAGAUGAGGAGGAGGAAGACGACGAAGACACUGAAAAUGAGAAUGAGCAGGAAAACGAUGAAGAAGGCCGAACCUGGGCCGAGGAAAAUCCCAUAACCCAAGAAGAAAUCGAGGAUAUAUGGGCGGACAAAUCACCGGAAUAUCGGGCAGCCACACCCACCUAUAUACGCAAGCAAUUUGGCAAGGAUGUGAUUGCCCAAAAAUAUGGCAAGGUUGGCAGCAAAACCAAGAAAAGGCAACGAAAACCCAUAGAACUCGAACAGGAUUUAAUGGCCGGUUUGCAAGUAGAAUUUAGUAGGACCAGCCUGGAUCCCAAUCCCGAUAAUGACAAGCCAUCCCCCUCCAAUGAAUAUGCAAAAUUAAAAGCAAAUCCCAUCUUUAAUCCCGACAUGUCCCUGAACCUAAACGAAUUGGCUAGACAAAGUGAAAAUACCUCCCUCAAUAGUUGUAGGAAAUCCUCAAAUUGGCUUUCAAAAUCGAAACGGCCACAGCAACAGAGUGCAAAUAUGGAAAUUCCCCAACCCUUCUCGGCCAAUUAUUCCUCAUCCAGUAGUUGUUCGCCCCAGAGUAGGGAGCACAGUGUUAGUCCCAUGUAUGGCCCGCAAUCCCACCAAAUCACCUGCUGCUCUGAUGCACCCUGUAGUUGUAGUUGUACCAAUUUGAAUUCCAAAUUAAAUUGCAAACAAAAUUUUCAAAUCAAACCCAAAGCAGGAGGAGAAGAAGAAGAAUAUGACGAUGAAAUAGAAAAUCUGAAUUUAAGAAAAUCCAUUCAUGACUCAAAAUCAUCUACUAAAUCUCUUCAUUCAUAUUUACCACAGUUUAGCCGUUCCGCAGUGGGUGGUUCGAAAUUUCUCACCAAUUGUCAUCCCUACAAUCCGGAGGAGUAUGAUGGCCUUGAGUUUGAAUCGCGCUUUGAGUCGGGAAAUCUAGCCAAAGCGGUGCAAAUAACCCCCGCCUAUUAUGAGUUAUAUCUGCGACCGGAUUUGUAUACCAGCCGUUCGAGACAGUGGUUUUACUUUCGGGUGCGUAAGACCAAACGGAAUAUGUUGUACAGAUUUUCCAUUGUCAAUUUAAUUAAAUCGGAUAGUUUGUACAACGAUGGAAUGCGCCCGCUCAUGUACUCCACCCACAAUGCCAAAACAAGGAACGAAGGUUGGGUCCGUUGCGGUGACAACAUCUGUUACUAUCGCAAUGACGAUGACAACCAAACCAGUGAAGAGGAAGAGGACAAUUCUUCAUACACUCUCACCUUUAAUAUUGAAUUUGAGCAUGACAAUGACACCGUCUAUUUUGCUCACAGCUACCCAUACACCUACAGUGAUUUACAGGAUUAUUUAAUGGAAAUCCAAAAGAAUCCGGUGAAAUCGAAAUUUUGCAAAUUAAGACUGCUGUGCCGGACAUUGGCUGGUAAUAAUGUCUACUAUCUGACGGUGACAACGCCAGCGGUGACCGAGGAACUGAUGAAGCGUAAAAAAUCCAUUGUAAUUUCGGCACGUGUUCAUCCAAGCGAAACCCCCUCCUCGUGGAUGAUGAAGGGUCUGAUGGAUUUCAUAACGGGCGAUUCGACAGUGGCCAAACGCCUGCGGCACAAAUUCAUCUUUAAACUGAUACCGAUGCUCAAUCCGGACGGUGUCAUUGUGGGCAACUCACGCAACUCGCUGACGGGAAAAGAUCUAAAUCGCCAAUAUCGUACGGUAAUACGUGAGACCUAUCCGUCGAUAUGGUAUACAAAAGCUUUAAUUAAAAGACUGAUUGAUGAAUGUGGUGUUUCCAUGUACUGUGAUAUGCACGCACACUCUCGCCGGCACAACAUUUUCAUUUAUGGCUGUGAGAAUAAACGCAACCCGGAAAAGAAACUUACCGAACAAGUUUUUCCACUUAUGUUGCACAAAAACGUAGCAGAUAAGUUUUCAUUUGAAAAUUGUAAAUUUAAAAUUCAACGCAGCAAAGAGGGCACCGGACGCAUUGUGGUCUGGAUGCUGGGCAUCACGAACAGCUAUACCAUUGAAGCUUCAUUUGGUGGCUCAUUGUUGGGGUCACGCAAAGGCACCCACUUUACCACACAGGACUACGAACACAUGGGACGUGCAUUUUGUGAAACCCUGCUCGACUACUGCGAUGACAAUCCGAACAAAUAUUAUCAGAUUCUGAUUUUCUUACGUCAACAGGAAUGUUUAAGACUGAAAAUUAUAGAGCGUUUACUGAAGGAGGGUUCCAGUGCCGAAGAACCGAUCAAUAUACCAUUGUCCGAUUAUUCAAGUGAUGAGGGUAGCAGUUCAAGUUCCGAUAAUGAGGGCAAGGGACCAUCUUCGUCAAAGGACUUUUCCGAUUUAGAAGGCCCCUGCUGUCAUCCGUUAAAGGCGCCGCCUUGUUCGCCGGAACUGGAUAUGGAAAUAAGAAAGUUCAAAUAUUCGCGCAUGCGCAAAAUAAUGCAAGAGCUAGAUCGAAUUUACUUUCAACCACUGUUUCACAAGAAAUGUCAAUUUUUGCAAAAAUCAAGGCGACCCACCCCUCCAGUAAUUAUACGCAGUAGACCUAAAAUAAAAAAUAAUCUCAAAAUGCCCCUGAAGUCAAAAUCUAAAAUCAAUAUCAAACAAAAGCCAUUUCACAGCAAAAUUCGUAGAAAUGAUAAUUUAUCAACAUCCCCAUCUCAAUCGACUUUGACCAAUUCCAAAAUCACUUUGCAAUGUGUACGCCCAAUUUCGGAUUCUGCAAGUUCUUCAUCGUUGAAUACUCUCAAAGGUGGCAAUUCUCAGGGAGAGCUUGUGAAGAAGAAACGGCGCAAAGGAGGCCAUUGCCGUCCAAUGGCCAAUGCCAAACCCCGUUUGAAAGUCUCACGAGCAUUACGUCUGUGGUUGGAAAAACGCCAAAUAAUUAUCAUUCGUCGAAAAUUGCCCCACAAAGCAAAAAUGCGUUGCAAAUCCUUACAUCGUCGCAAGAAAGAAGAACGCCUGCUACUCGAUUUACCCACCACCGAUCCUGGUUCCGAUUUGGUCUUCUCUACCGAUGAUGAAUAUGUUAUGGACUCGAACGGUGUGCAACAAUGUUAUGGCACAAUACCGCGUCACAUACGACGAGGUCUACUGCAAAGUGAACUACAACGACGUUACAUUGAAGAGAUUGGAGAUGGUUUGAGAAAUAUGCCUCCAGAAUUGAUUAUAACAUCGCCCUCAAACAAAACCAAACAUCCGCCCAUAAAGGUUCUACUUAAACCGUCAACGACGACCAAGAAAUAUGUGGCACCACCAAAAUCUGCCGAGCUGCCCAUGAUUGGUGAACCAGCAAGACGUACAAGUUCCUGGCACAAUUUAAAUACUGCCCCACAGACACCCAUUACACCGCAAUGGUAUUCAAUGAAUGUCACACGAAGACAACAAUCACCGGCUGUGACCACACCGAAACCAGUAUUCAAAACAAAAUCAAUGGCCAAAAAGGAGGCACUGAGUAAGGAGGACUUGGAAAUAAAAUUGUCUUUGAAAAAGAAAAUAUGGACUGGCAUACAACCGGAGGAUGGACCCUAUGGCCUGGAUCGUAGCAGACCGUUGACAUGGGUACCUCCACCUCCGCUCAAAACGCCCACCAAAAAAUCUGUUGAUCAUAAAAGGGCAGAUUGUGCUAGGAAUGUACUGCGUCUGGAGAAUGAAGCGUUUUUAACGGCCUGUAGUCAAAAACUAUUGGAAUGGCAGAGUAUAAAUUCCAAUGAAGAGGAAACGCCAAGGGAUAGUCAAAACAGCAAAUUGCCUAUGAGUCUUAUGAUGCCGGAACUAAACGAGGAUCAUACCAUGAGAAUAUUUAAGCACUUGGCCAAUAUGAAAAAGCCAACGAAACCCAAAAGCGACACUGAAACGAAAACAAAACAAAAAAGAAACAUCAUUACCAAAGUUGCGGAGACAACAACAUUCCUGACGAAAAUUAGCAAAAAUAAAUCACGCAGCACAAUGGCAGUGGGGACAUAUCGCAGUACGGUCAAUAAACAAACCAACACCACCGGUGGUGGUAAUCCCAAUGGUGUUGGAGGGCAGCAACACAACAGAAUUCACACACGUAAUCCUAGUAAAUUUAAAACUGGCGGCAUUGUGGCCACAGCUGUUCAGACCAGCAAUACCAAGAAUAAAGCUAAAAAAUCAAAAGCUCACAAAUUAAAUAACAUACAGGAGGUUACUUCUGAGAUUCGGCCAUCAACUAGUAGCGGAGGUGCUUUAGUAUUAGCUUCCACAGCCACAACACUGGUUCGCAAGGUCAAAACUAAAUUGAAAAAGAAAAAAUCGUCAUCAACAACCAAUUCACAAAAUGCCGCUACCAACACAAAUAAUUCCAGUACCGUUGCGAAGGAUGGUAUUGUAACAUAUAUUUCUGCUAAGGCGGCUGGCAGUUGUUCGUCAUAGGCGGAAAAUAAUGAUAUGUUCGAUAUGUAUAUACACUUAGCUAAAUUUCUAAAUAUAAUAAAUAAUUUUUGUAAUUAUUCCGGAUGCGGAAAAAUA